AUGGCGAGAACCAUCUUUGUACUGGGGUUACUUGCGUCGACGGUCUCAGCUGCUGUCAUUCGUAGGGACUAUCCGAGCGACGAUGCUCUCUCAAAAUGCCCCGGCUACAAGGCCUCACAAGUCCAGACAUCUUCGACUGGCUUGACUGCUGAGCUGUCUCUUGCUGGAGAGCCAUGCGAUGCUUAUGGUAUUGACCUGAAGGAUCUGACUUUGACCGUCGAGUACCAGACUGAUACUCGCCUUCACGUCAAGAUACAGGAUGCCAACAACACCGUGUAUCAAGUCCCUGAAUAUGUGUUCCCCCGUCCUGAGGCUUCCGGUGUCAAUGUGGCAGAGUCUAAGCUGCAAUUCAACUACACCGAGAAUCCUUUUACAUUUACAGUAAGCCGAACAGAUACCGGCGAGGUUCUCUUCGAUACGUCUGGCGCCAGCAUCGUUUUUGAGAGCCAGUAUCUUCGUCUGAGAACCAAGCUGCCCGAUAAUCCCAACCUUUACGGUCUGGGCGAGCAUUCAGACCCCUUCCGGCUAAACACAACCGACUACAUCCGCACUCUCUGGUCCCAGGAUUCGUACGGCAUUCCGUCAGGUGCGAACCUCUACGGCAACCAUCCCGUCUACUACGAGCACCGCAAAACCGGCACACAUGGAGUAUUCUUUCUGAAUUCCAAUGGAAUGGAUGUCUUCAUCAACAAGACAGAGAAGUCUGGCCAGUAUUUGCAGUACAACACCCUUGGAGGAGUCCUCGACUUCUACUUCGUGUCUGGUCCCUCUCCCGUCGAAGUGACGCAGCAAUACGCUGAGAUUGCAGGACUCCCAGCCAUGAUGCCAUACUGGGGCUUGGGAUUUCAUCAGUGCCGAUAUGGAUACCAGGAUGUCUUCAACGUCGCUGAAGUUGUACAUAACUACAGCGUCGCUGAAAUCCCGCUAGAGACUAUGUGGACCGACAUCGACUAUAUGGACAGGCGCCGAGUCUUUUCUUUGGACCCCGAGCGCUAUCCUCUUGAAAAGGUACGACAGCUGGUCGACAAACUCCAUGAGAAUGACCAGCAUUAUAUCGUGAUGGUGGACCCUGCCGUGGCCUACCAGCAGUACCCGCCCAUGUUGCGAGGAAUUGAGGAUAACAUCUGGCUCCUCCGCAACAACGGUUCUGUCUGGAUUGGAGUCGUUUGGCCUGGUGUGACCGUCUUCCCCGACUGGUUUGCUGAGAACAUCACAAAGUAUUGGAACAAUGAAUUCGCCACGUUUUUCUCGGCCGAGAGUGGUGUUGACAUUGACGCCCUCUGGAUCGACAUGAACGAGCCAUCCAACUUCCCAUGCUACUUCCCAUGCGACGAUCCGUACGGUUCCUCUAAAGGCUUCCCACCUGACCCGCCACCGGUACGAGAAAACCCUCGACCCUUGCCUGGCUGGCCAUGUGAUUUCCAGCCUCCAGGUACGGAUUGUAAGACCCAGUCCAAACGCUCAGACCUUGUCCAAAAGGAAUCGCCAAGAACGCUGCCUCUUGACAAGAAGUUCGAUAACCUAGUCCUCGCCGAAAGACAGACUGCCGGUCAACGACAGGGCCUCCCCGGGAGAGACCUCUUGUUCCCCAAGUACGCCAUUCACAACAAAGCUGCCUGGGAUACUGAGUCCAAUGCGGCAGGUGGCGGCAUCUCUAACAAGACGGUGAACACGGACGUUAUCCACCAAAACGGCCUGACCAUGUACGAUACUCACAACCUCUAUGGCUCCAUGAUGUCCACGGCCUCCAGAGUUGCCAUGGAAGCCCGCCGACCUGGUCUCCGGCCGCUGAUCAUUACCCGUUCGACCUUCGCCGGUGCCGGCGCAACUGUUGGACACUGGCUCGGUGACAACCUAUCAAAUUGGUCGCAGUAUCGUAUUUCCAUCUCACAACUUCUGCAGUUCGCCUCCGUUUAUCAGGUGCCUAUGGUCGGAUCUGAUGCUUGUGGCUUCGGAAGCGACACUAAUGAGCAGCUUUGCGCCCGUUGGGCUGCCCUCGCCGCGUUUUCGACCUUCUAUCGUAACCACAAUUCUCUCGAUAGCAUUUCGCAAGAGUUUUACCUCUGGCCGACUGUCACCGAAAGCGCCAAAAAGGCAAUCGCCAUCCGUUACCGACUGCUGGAUUACAUAUACACUGCGAUAUAUCAGCAGACCAUUGACGGCACUCCGGUCAUCAGCCCGCUCUUCUAUCUGUAUCCGCAGGAUGAGAAAACCUUCGGCCUCGACCUGCAAUACUUCUACGGCGACGGCAUUCUUGUGGCACCUGUGACAGAAGAAAACUCCACAUCCGUUGACGUAUACUUGCCCGACGAUGUGUUUUACGACUGGUACACCCACGAGACCAUCCAGGGCAAGGGUGAGACCGUUUUCCUGGCGGAUCAAGAUUACACCACCAUUCCCCUCUUCAUCCGCGGUGGAACGGUACUUCCCCUGCGUGCGAACAGCGCCAUGACCACCAAGAAACUCAGAGAGGAGGACUUUGAGCUCUUGAUCGCGGUCAACAGAAAUGGUACCGCUAAGGGCCAACUGUACCUCGACGACGGUGUUAGCUUGGAGCAAGCUGGCGUCACACACGUCACAUUCGAGUACAAGGACGGCAAGGUCGCAGUUGACGGUGAAUUUGGCUACAAAACGCCACUCAAGGUAUCCAAGAUUACGCUUUUGAGCGGUGGACACCAAGGUGGAAAGAGACAAGAGACGUCCAAGACGAUCGAGGUCGACAAACCCUUGACUGGGCCCUUUGUUGUCGAUAUUGCUUAA